UCAUAACCUCAAAGCCCGAGAAGAGAGGACCAAGAGAACAGGGGAAUCAACAAGAGAUACAGAUUCAAAACAAUGCAAAACACCAGAUCAUAAAUGCGUGUAUGAGGGGGAGCAACUAGGCACCAAUAAGAAUAAGAUGAAAUGCAGAUGCAGCGAGGGGCAGGAAUGAGAGGCGAGAUCUAAAAGAAACAAAGUCGUAGCCAAAGCCUACGUUCAUCGUCAGUUGAUUGUUUAUUGGAUACAGCCGAGUAAUGUCCCGGAAAUUUCGUGAAUAUGGCGAAACCUAAAUGUAGCACAACAAUUGUUGAUCAAGAGGACAGCGGAGAACUGGAAUAGAAAAAGCAUGGUCCAACGUAGAUUCGUCCAACCAAUGGGUAGAAAACUUGACGGUUCAUUCGGGUAUGCGAAGUACAUCGCCCACAAAAACAAAGUCGCCGCGUUCAUGGAGUGCCGUGGCAGCCUUGAUGACCUCGGUCGUGUCGAAGUCCUCGUGCUUGUCUGGUGGCAUGGCGGCGUUCAGGUGUCGAAUGGACUUGAAGGCGAAGUCCAACCUGGAAACGAGCAAUUCGCGUUUGAAAGUCUACAGCGAAUAUACAACAUGCGAACUCACCGUCCUGCAGUCGGGUUCACCCUCCGCGUCCGGAUCCUCGAAAGGAUACGAGAGGUCAGGUGGAGACUUCCGUCUAGAAGCGUCUUUUCUCCGAGACAAUGUGGUGACGUCCUUGGCUUUGCGCUUCUCCCGUCGUCUUGCUUCCUUUGCAUCCUUGUCCGCACCGGACUCAACGCCUUCCUCAGACUCGGGCUCAUCGGAGUCGUCAGCACCAGUUUCGCCUUUCGGGAACGCGCCUGCCGCAACAUAUUCGGCCUCCCGCUGGGCGCGCUCGCGUUUGUGUCCGCCGUUCUGUCUGUUCGUAAUGUCGUAUCCAGGCACUUGCUACGAUGCUGGAGCCAAGGCAGAAGACCCGAUUGGGCUCAACCUCGCCGAUCAAUGGAUCGGAACGAAGUGCGGCCGCACGCUGUUCAGCGUUGCGACGUCUUGACUCUUGAGCGGGAGGGAAGUUCGAUGGAUUCAAGUCCUUGAAUGUCGAAGGAGAUAACGAUGGAGGUAUCUGAGUGAUACUCGCAGGUAACGGCAUAGAUGACGCAACCAUAGCCAACAGGUGCUUCGACGGUGGAGGUACACUAUCGGCUGUCGGUAUACUAGAGAAUAAGGCAUGAGUAACCGUAACAUUGGUCUAGAGAAUUAGAGAAUCCUCCUACCUGGCGGUCGAUGUAGAUGGAACAGGAGUAGUAGAUGCAGAAGCAGCACUUUGCAAACAUGCGUUUCGAUGUUCUCUCCAUGUCUUGACAGCGGUGGUGUUGUCAGUGGAACCUAAGGUAACCCACUGCUCACAAUUCUUACACUGAAC